CGUAGAUAUGGCUGCUUUGUUCUUUACUGACGUCUAUAACCUGGGUAACAUACAUAACUUUCUACAAUUCGCGUCUAGUUGGACUUUUUAUAACAAAAAUGGUCAAUCGGUGGUUUAUAAAAGGCGCAUAUUUUAAAAUUGGUUCUGUAGCAUUGAAUCCUUUGGCGGGUAAAAUUAUGUUUCGUGAUUUCGUCUACAUUACAUUUGAUUAUUCAGUUCGUGUGCAGGAUGGUUAUUUCAUAUUUCGUUGGUGGCGAUCGUAUGUUCCAAAGGAUGUUUCCGAGGAUCUCUCGCACUCCGAUACACGUCUUUCUGUGCAAUUAAAUGGCUUUGAACUUCACAUAUACAAUAGAUGCGAUCUGUAUGAUCAACAGGAAAGAACGUUUGGACUAAAACCUUCGCUUCUAAUACCGACUGAGAAUUUAUCUACCGAAGAAAAGUCAAAACUCAAAGAGCACAACAUGAAUAUGGAAAAUGCCCGUCAAAGCAAACGGCAAAGCGUUAAAAACUCCGAAGCGAUGAAAGCGACCACUUGGCGUGAUUUAAUACCGGUUAUAAAAAUGGAUAUCUGCUCAGGACGUUUUGUGUUUGGCAAUCGACUCACACCAACAACAUUGUCUAUUUCGGUUGAGGAGGCGCACUGUACUUACAGUACUAAACCAGCUGUUUGCCGGCUGGAUCGCUUUAUGCAUUUCGUCAAAGCAAAUGUCGAAAAUGCCAAGGUUAUGUUUGCACCCAGUCCAAAGUAUACAGGUUUAGUUGAUGAACCACCUCGUUACAUGGGCGAGGGUUUCGUAGUUAUGAUGUGCAAUCAAAUGGAAUUAUACUUUUACAUGGAUGAGCCUGGAUUGGUGCCUGAAGAACCAGUCUUGAUUAUAUUGGCCAAUGGUGAUGUUGUUGAACCCUCUCCACCGGUGUGGGGUAUCAACAUAAAAUGUUUGAAAGGAACAGAUUUUAGCUAUGGACCAUGGGCAGAUCGACAACGGGAUCAUCUCUUCAAAUUUUUUUAUCCACCCGACUGGCAAGAGCUGAUAGUUACGCCGACACCUAAGCCAGGUGAGCUUCGGAGCUAUCAAUCUUUCGAUGUAACACUCUGCGUUCUUAGCGAAGCCACAAUCGAUAUACUCUUCUCGAAAGAUAAAGAAACAAAUGCCAUGCAUAUUACUGUUGGCCCAGCGUCGUAUGUAGAGCUGACCAUACCCUGGGUAACACAUGUCGAUGGUUACACUUCGAAAAUUCAAGGGCAGUUGUUCCACGUCGAGGCCACAACAUCGCUGCAAUAUCGCAGUCUGGCCGAGUUAGAAUCGCUCGAAUACAAAGUGCGCAUACACUAUCCAACACACUGGAAUGCACCGCAGGAUUGGAGCAUUGCUUUGACUGGCUGCAAGGCUACUGCUUUCAUCAUCUACAAGCAUAAGUGCUUCUUUCAGGAUCUCAUUGAGGAUUGGGCCAGCAAAGCUCGACCCGAUAUACUUGCAUUUGUACCGUACACGUGCAAAUUCAAUAUACUCUUAAAUGAGUUUGAGAUUUUAACGCUAUGCAAUGAAUACAAUUGGAUAGAUUGUUCCAGUGCGAAUCAAGAAAACAAUCACUUGGCCUUCUGCGGCGACGUAUUCGACAUGAGUUUUGCACUGCCAUUCGAUGAUUUUCUUCCCAAAACGGUCACGUUGAAAUUUUGGAUACACGGCGAAGGUUUGGAUUUGAGUUUGUAUAUUCCGGAGGUGUCUUCAACGCGUCCUAUUGUUCUGGCAAUUGAUGAAAAUGCUCGACUGCUGACGCGCGGGGGCAGAGUUAAAAGCCGUCCAGAAUUGUAUACAAAAAAAUGGCGCAAAAUAUGCCAGAGAAGCUCUGGUUGGAUAGAUUGUUGGACGGUACCAAUAGUAGCUCUCUCUAUACAGUAUAUUUACCAUCCAGUACCACCGCUGGGUCCAGAUCCACAAGCAGAUAUUACCACGCCUGAAAAAGAAGAAAUUUUGCUCAGUCCCAUGCGCAUACCUAAAAUACGCAAAUCGCCAGUGUCCUCUUGGCAAAAACAGGAUCAGGAUAAGUUCGAUCCAGCCAGUUUGGGGGCAGAUCAAGUUACUGUCGAGUUGGAAAUAGGCUCCUCGGUACUCAUGUGUUACGGCAAUGUAUUGCGAAAUUUCAUUAAUUUAAAAGAAAAUAUCUUUGGCGAAGACCAAAAUUUCACUGACAUGGAGCAGUCAAAUGUGAAAUUGAGGGAUAGCAAUUCUAACAGCACAACGUCAAAUCCAAAAGAUCAGUUACUGUCGAAAGAAAAAGAUUUAGCGACUAAGUCCAUAUCAGAAGUGACUUUUUCUGAAGAGAAGCAAAAGUCAUUCGAUCCUCGUUUGUACCGACCUUUAGAGGUGAUAGUGUCGCUGAUCAUACACGAUAUACAGGCACAUGUCAUGAAGAACUGCAAUGAGAAUGAUCCGCCAUGUCCUGUUGUGCUGAUCGAACGUUUUGGUUUUGAGAUGAAUAAACGCUAUCAUGAAACAACUCUUCAAGUGUUGGUGAGUCCGUCGUAUUUGAUCACAUCGGAUCAUGUGGUGCGACUUAAUAGAGAUAAACAUAUUAACCAAGGGCAUUUGCUCCUCUCAGCACUACAGGUACGUGGUCAUGCCAUGUUUAGUAAUGAAGGCUGCCCACUUGACGAAGACACAUUAGAGUACUCUUGGCUAGUGGAAGUGCAGCUUGGAAAAUUAUCAGGCAAACUUACAUUGCCUCAGCUUUGCAACGUUGUCGUCGGCCUAGAGACUUUGGUACUAUUAGCAGUGGAUCCGGAAAACUGUCUCAAGUCUCCCAAAACUGUGCGUAACUGCCAUCAUGGUGUGCCGAGCAAUCAAUGUCCACACACCAAAGAGGAGAACAAAUAUAAGUGUCCUUCAGCUGAAGAUAUUAAAUACAAAAUGACGCGUGUUUCUAUAGACGCAGUAGAUGUGUAUAUAAUUGAGAGUGGUACAGCGUUUCAUGCCUGGGUGUCUCCCAUCCGCCUGGCCAACUGUAAUUUGCAUGGGCAACGUGUUAAGUCUGGAAUCUCAGGAUUGCUGCCGUCAAUAUUGCUGCGUGUUUUUAUGAAUAAUGGCAGUUCAUACUCAAAUCUAACAAACUCUUACAAUACUAACACUACUGGCAGUAACCGUUCGGGCAAAAUGCGUCGUUCCGAACAAGAUUCAAUAAAAUCUGAGCAUAAGCAGUCACAACAGCACAUUUGCAAGCCGAAACGUAGCUCGAAUUCAUUUUCUCAGCGACGUGAUUCACGUGAAGAAAGUAAUAGAAAACUGCGUGAUAGUUUUUCAGAGACUAAACGCGCCGUCGACACUGAGUUCUUUGAAAAUUGGGUAGAGGUUGGCUGUAGUUCAUUGGGUCCGAUUUUACUGGAGGGCGCAUCGGCUCUACCUAUACCUGAUCAUAAACUACAUAUCGUGCAAAAUGACUUUUUACGCGAUCAUGAUGCUAAGUACAAGCGUUUGUGGUUUUUGUGGAAUGUAAGCAAUUGCGGUCAGGCUGCCGCUCUGCCUCCGUCAAAUGGCGCCGAAAUUUCACGUUGUGGUUGCAUUGGUGGUUGCGCGUUCUUCGGCAGCAAUCGGAAUGGUUUAAAAUUCUUCAAACCCUCCCCUCAAGAUGUGCAGGACAACUACAACAUAGCGCGCUAUUAUAUUAUCAGUAACAACAAGGACUACGGUUUUGGUGAGAGCAUAUUACAUCAAGGCCAACUGGUGUUUCACACUCCCCCUUACAGCGUACAUUCGGUUUUGCUUCAUGAUAGCGCCGAUUUCAACGGUAAAGGCAAGCAUUAUUGGCCAGCUGUUGAGCAGCGAAAUGGCAGCCUAAAGAAAUCCGAACUGUGCACUAAAGACGCAGGUGGAAAAUUAAAAAUUGGUAAUUCCAUUGAAAUACCAGAUGUAAAUGGACGCAAAUCUCGCGAGAAUGUAGGUUCACCGAAUACGCUGGAGAGACGGAAUAAACGAUACUCAUAUACUACAAACAGACAAACUUCUAUCGAGGUACCUUACGCGCGACUUUUGGAUAGUCCUUCGAAGAAAGUGUUACGUCAAGACUCGAACGAAUCACAGGUGCAAGUAGCGUUGAGACGCGGCUCAGACGCAACGAAGUCAAAAUCUCAGAACAAUACGCUGCGUGUUUCACCACCCAAAACUAGUAAAUCCGAUUCGCGGUUAACCGGCGAAGCAGACGCUGAAGAUGAGUUAGAGAUCCCCGAUGAAAUGUCGCAUUCUGCGCCGCUCUCACAUCCGCUUGAAUUCGAAAUUGUCGAUUUGCCUCUGCAGAUGCAGCUCUCCACUGAAACAUCUCUUACCAAUGGAAGUGAUAACUUGACCCGUGAAGUGCAGCGCACGAUUUCCCUCACUUCGGAGAACCCCUCAGAGAUGUUUUUCUCAGCCGAGGAGGAUAUAUCGAAUAUUAUGUCGCAAGGUGGUUCCAUAAAAAAUCGCAAUGGCUCAAUUGUGUUCUCUGGCAAGAAACGAUUCUCCUCCGAUCUAAGUAUCGGUGCACCAAAUGAAAAUGGACUGUCAUUAUCCACCUUCCGCAGUGAUUUGGAAAUCCAUGCCCCUGAGUCUAAAACAUUGCCGAAACGUCCUCAAAGCACGACUGAAUUGAAUGAAGACGUGAGACGUAUUAAUGGUCUUGCCACACCAAUCAGAAAACUUACAAAUAUUUCAUCAAGACCUCAGUAUCGACAUUUUAUUCAUGAUGCUGAUUCUCGCGGAACCUCCUCGGGCACUCCCUCGCUGUCGUCUAAUUCUUUCAUCUCAGCCAUGUCGUCGCAAGAAGAUGUUGCCCUUGUCAAUUUGCACCAACAGGUGAAUCGGCCAAUCAUCGAUUCACCACUAUUGAUGGCAAGCUAUCUAAAUCAUUUAUCGCAGUUGAAAUGCUUCAAUUGGACCGCUUGCUCUUUUCCAUCAGGACCAGAUGUUUUCUCUACACCCCUAUUUCACGAAAACGACGAUGGCGGGCUGACCUAUAUAGGCAGCAAAAUGGUGCCGCACUUUGACUUGUACGCUUGUUGGCGUGAAAUCAAGGUGGUACCACGGUAUGAAAAUGCGACCGGCAGCAAUAGCUCCGCCACAUUUAUAGGCGGUCCAAAGUCGCAUCCAUGGGAUCCCAGCGUUUUACUUAAAGAAGAGGAGAGCGAUAAGACGACAAAUGGCUUCGACGAUGGCGAAUUUAUGAGUUUGCAAGCAGAAGGGGCAGCUUGUACCUCAGUGGUAGCCCGUUUGAAGGGGCAGGUGAAUGUAUUUCUUACGCCACUGAUGCUGGAAGGUUUGCAACGGAUGGUGGAAGCCAGUAUACCCACUAUAUCAUCACUACAUCUGCUCUCAGUAGUCAACCACAUACACGCUUCAUGCGUCGCGAAGGUGCAAAACGAUAAUAUACUCAAGCGGGAUCAAAGCUUGAGUUACUGGUCACAGGUGCAUUCCAAUUCGAAGCGUUCAACCACAGAGCGUAACUUGCAAGGUCCCGGGGACUCGUUUUUAAGUGAUGUCUAUGAAGAGAGUAUAUCUACAAAGACACAAGGGUUGAUUGUACUACCAAAGAUCAGCAUCACAAUGUUGCAGUCGUCUAUCAUUGAAGAGGUCAUAUCUGUUGCAGCGUUGGAUAAUGUACAGGAUCUGAAUUGCGUUUCUUUACUUACAUUUUACAUAGAAGGUGUAUCGACCAAAUUCCAUUUAGGUAAAACAACUCGCGCCUCUAUGCACAACGUUUAUAUACAGCAAACUGUGCAGUCGGGCAAUAGCCACAAAAAAGGGGGCAUAAUGAAGGGUACACGGGCUCUCCUAGCCCAUUUGUCUUCACAAACGCGUCCGGACAACAUACAGGGCGAACCUAUACUAAUCGAAACGUCCGAAAAGCAAUUGGAAGAGUUGGUAAUUACACUCGAUGUAGGUCGUGCACAUGCGCAGUUGCGACGGCUCAAAACAGAGUCGAGUUACGGCCAGGAAUCUCCUAUCAUCGUUACCGCCAUACCAGAACAUAAAAGUAAAGUACUAUUCGAACUGCUCAAAAUGUCCGAAAGUAUGGGUGGCAUUGACGGUAUCGGUUAUAUAAUGUUUGAAUGCGGUUUGGAGGGCGUGGGCGUAAAAGUUGUUAAACGUUCACAUUUUGAAAAAUCGGAAAAUACUAAAGAAGAUCUGGCUGAAAUCACAGAAAGUGCAACAGAGGCAGCGGAUAUUCCGCGUGGAGUAAACAUAAGUGAUAUAAUGGGCGGUGUAAGUGCAGAUGUUACUGCAACAUCGAAAGCAGAGGCUGCGUGGCGCUUGAUUACCAAAAAGCCACCAACACCUAAAACGCCAAAAGAGAAAUUCCAAACAGCUUUGGAAAGUAUAAUCGUGCCAGAACGUUCAGAAAGUGUGAGCGAAAACCGCAAAUCUACUUCGAAACCACAAACCGAUGAAGAUCCGGAAAAGGGGGGUAAGAAUAGUAACAAGGAAUCUUUCGAACAGAAGACACCAAAUGUAAAAGAAACAGAGAAAAACUCCUCAUGUGUAAUUGAAUUGAAAUCAGUAUGGUUCAAUUUCGCGGCCCCUCCUUGUGUACCUAUUACACGGAAAAUCGAUUUAACCAGACUAGAUUGGAAUCUUCUGAGCACAGCUUCUCCCGCCAUCACUGCCUGGAUGAACCCCAGCAACCGCUUAGCUAUUAAAAUUGUAUCACUAAUGCGGGCCUUGCAUACGCGCCAAACCGCCAUAGCCGCCUGUCUAAUGGCAGAUGCGUUGGAUAACGAAAAAAUUAAGCGCAGUCCCAAAAUCAAAAAGAGUCGCUAUGUCAACAACUACACGCUGCUUUCGAAAACUUUACAAGAGGAUCCGAGUUGUCAACUCUGCUUUAUAAUGCAAAAACUAGUGCUAGACGAAGGUGUACAAAAAGUCGAGCAAAUCUUCCAGAAAAGUGACGUGCCACAUUUGAAUACGUUGCGUCAGGGCGUCAUUGUGCUGAGCCGGCAGUGGAAGAACACACUUUACAAUCCAAUACUUUUUGAACAUCAGUAUAAGAAUAAAUUGGCACGGCCGAUUAAUGUGACAUUUUCAUUUCCGCAGCAGGAGGAAGAUUGCGAUGAUGUGGAAUGUGAAGGUGAAGCAGAUAUGAGUGUAUAUGCCGGAGUCAGCGAUAAUCCUGAAGAGAGUGAGAAUGCUUUAUUACUUGGGCAAACACAGCAUCAUCGAAAUCAUAUUGAUACUUCACAAUUUGGCAUGAGAUUUGCUAAUGAAGCUUUCUUACAUGGCGCGGCACAAAGGUCAAACUCCACAUCACCAAAUAUUCAUGUAACACGAAAAGGCAAAGCAUUAAGUAGAUGCUCAAAUAUUUCACAUGGCAAUUCAUCUCGCUCUAGCAUACAAAUGCUGCCAAUAAUCUCCGGACUGGUAGAGAAGCAGGUGCCGGAAUUCGAGUAUGGCGCAUUGCAGGAGGGUUCAUUGAGUUCUAGCAAUUCAGUAAAUAAGUUUUGGCUUGGGCCGGGGAAUCAAAAAGAGGACUUGUACUUCUGGAUGGCAAAGCAGCAAGACAACAAAAAGAAGGAAAACUCCGUUGAAAAGGAAUUAAUUCGACCGGCACCGGUGAAAUUACCAGGCGCGGGUCAAACACGUGGUGGCAUUCUGCAGGACUCAAUAAAACUGCUCGAUGCGCAUUUGAUAUUUGAGCCAUUGCUCACAUGCUUGGGUGUAAUGCCGCAGCAAAUGGUCAAUAAAUUGACCAAUGCGGACAUUUCAUCUUUGGAGAAUUUCGGCACCAAUCUUUCGCUUAUCGGAACCUUUGAUUCAAUACGUGUUGAUAUUGUAGUUAGCGAGGCGGGUGACAAAAAAAACAAAUGCUCCAAAUUGAAUAAGAAAUCAAAUGGUGCAGGUCGACAGUCGAUUAUUAUAGAUACGCCGUUAUUUUUAUGCGAACGUGUAGGCGUUGAAUUGGAGGUGUUGAAGAAGUCCGAUGGUAUGGUUGAUCAAGCGCGUCAAAAUGUAAUUUAUAUGUCGCGACGACAACUAAAAAAGCACACCAGUACGGUUAUAAAUUUGAGUCUAAACAUACGUUAUAUUUCACAGCAAGUUAAUAUGCCUCUGCUGCGUCUACUACAUCAAAUCACAAACAUGUAUCAGAAUGUCAAGGAUGCUCAAAAUGAAUUUCAUCAACAACCGGAUUUGACUAGAAAGUCGGAUGCCAAAGACGAAUGUAGCUUAGCAUCCGAGCCCAAUGAUAUCGCCCCCUUCGGUUCGGUGCCAGAUCGCUUUGUCCAUAAUGAGAACUCUUCAGAUGAACGUUAUGAUAAAUUCAAUGAAAUGAUAUCCAUGACACAUCCCAUUGGAGGCAGGGUACGCCCUAGUGGCAUCGGUCCCUUAAUACAGCUAACACCUUCCCCUAAUGCCAGAAAUCGGCCAUCCAGUUUUGCUCAAAAGUUACGCUCUACUAGCAAAUCUGUUAAGGGAAAGUUAGGAUACACAAAUCUAAAUGAGACAAGCUCUUCACCAUUACGUGAUAGCCCCAUUACUUCAGUAAGCGAGCAGCAUAUGUUCAAAUUAUCGCUAGAGUCCAAGGCAUCGCUCAAUGGAGCAUGCGCAACCAGCGUCAGUGGUGACUGCAAUACCAUAAACAAAAAUGACUUCAAUGGUAUAAAGCCACUGAUGCUGACGCCAAAUUGCUGGAAAACAAUUUACAAUUUGUUAGAACUAUAUGGUACCAUGCCUGAAACAAAGACAGUGCAACGUAGCUCAAUGUCCAAUGAGACACACGAUGCUUUUAAAUAUGGAGUGAAGAAAACUUCAGUUGGUGGUUAUAUGCGACAGGACACGCGUAAUGAAGAAGAUGAUGGAACAAGUGCUCCAACGCCUCUGCCGCAACAUCGUGAGCUAGUUGAAGCUUUGUCGCAGGAAAAAACCCGGCUGGUUGUAUUUGGUGUGGCGAAAAUUCAUAAGACGCGCUUAAUGGCGACACUGAGUGGCCUAAAACUGGAAGCUGAAAUAACCACCUUGAAUGGCAGUGCUACAUGGCGCAAAAAAGCACGACCGGUAUCACUGGAAUGCUCCGUAACUGGCCAAGUAGGUCGCACCAUGAUCGUACUUUUGGAAGGUGUUGCACCAAAUCAACAAACUGUCGUAAAAGUAACGGUGGGAAAAUGUCAAACGCUCUACUCCAGUUUGACAAAGCGUGGCAAAGAUAAAAACAGCGGAUUGCUCUCAAUUGGCCCAGUGAACAUCGAAAUACCACAACACCCCGUCGCAUUGCAUGGAAUGAUGACUCGCAGUUCGAAGCAGCUAAGCUCUACUCUGCAAGAAUUGCGUGUUGGACGCAAUUCUGGUCGCUCUGCGUCACGUGCACAUAAUCCCGAUGAACCAGAAUCGCCACAUCAUUCACGUUCCGCCGGCAAAAGCGUUGAUGUGAAGGAGAACGCUGAACCACAGCAGGAGCCGAAAAAGAAAGCAGUACCACCACAUAAGAUACCAGCGCAACAUAAUGGAUUACUUCAACCGUUGGUUAUGCAGUUUAAUAUUUUACUGCAUAGCUUGUCGAUAAAUGCAGCACUAUUGCCUUCGUUACAAGCACAAUAUCGUAUGAACUGUGUCAGUUCGACAGGUGUGACUGGCAAUCGUGCAAAAUUCGUUAUAGAUUUGCCAACACAUACUCUAAGCUUUAAUACGAAGAUACAGGUGCGGAAUGAGAUGAAUUUGCCCUCUGAGGCCUGUAUCGGCCUACCGCUAGUUCAUGUGAGCGCUGAAUAUAUACCUGAAAACAGGCAAGAGGAACCAGAACGAGUCGAAGGUAUCAUAUUACGUCGCGGUGGCUAUGUGAAUGCAUCAGCUGAGAUCGGCGAAUUUGAGCGCUGUUUAACAACUGAUCUUCUGAAUCAUCUGGUAUUUGUUCAGAAGGUUUUCAUGCGCGAGAUUAAUGAAGUAUUACAAAAAGUGUACGGCGGCGAAAAGCCAGUGCCCCUAUGGUCUGAAGAUAGUGGUGAUACAGCCAGCGUACAAGAGUCUUCGAUGAAAAGCAUACUAUUUUCGGUCAACAUAUCGAUGAAGCGAAUACAGUUGACUGCUACAACGCCCUGCUCUUCAGCAGUGCGCUUUGAAACUGGCACGCUAGAGCUGCAUUUGUCUAAUCGCGUAAAAAAUUUGGGCGAAGGAAAUGAUCGUAAAAUGUUUGGCAAGGCCCAUAUCGAUUUUAACCUUUCGCUGGGCCAAAUUAUACGUAAUGUAAUCUUUGAUGAGGCUGAACCGGAAUUCCAACAGUAUGCCUUCUUCCAUACAACCAUAGGUUUGCGAAAUGCCUUCCAAGAUGAGUUGUUAAAUGAGGAUAAAGAGCUGGUGUUGUUAAAGCUGAAGCGUCCACUUCUGUAUAUUCAACCGAUCGCCGUUGAUAAGGCUAUUUUGGUGUGGUUGAACUACAAGAAUGCUUAUGAAUAUUGGGCCGAAAAGCGAGCAAACUUGAACUAUGAAAACUCACAGGUAAGUAACAAUGAGCUAUGA